GCAAUAAUCAUGUGCGGCAUUCAGGCGGGCCGAUUCUGACUUAAUCCCGACCGGUGUUCCCCCAAUAUGAACACCUUGACGACUUCCCUCCAAUUGUAGAACUGGUUCCCCACAGUGGACUUGGCUUCUCGAACUUCAUAUCACGUCUGUCUUAUUCUUUACCUGUUGUUCACCAAUAUUUCAGCAUUCAGAAUGUUGGACACCAGGGCCAAAACUAUAGUGGUAGUAAGCGCGGUGCUCGGCUUCCUGGCCACGCUUAUGGUGAUUUUGCGCUUUUGGGCUCGGUAUCUCAAACGCCAGAAAUUCGGAAUCGAUGAUGUUCUACUUAUUGUUGCUCUCUGUCUAACUCUCGGCGUUGUCACAAUCGAUAUCAUCACUGCGACUUGGGCUCGAGUGGGAGAACAUGAGAUUACUGUCCCGUCAGGACCCGCAAAGGGGGAUCCUUUGCCCUGGGAGAUCAAACGGGAGUCAAUUACUCUCUGGUCCAUCGAAAUCCUCCAUACCUGCGCUAUGCCAGCUAUCAAAGCGUACACUCUUGCAUUCUACCUACGCAUCUUCCACGUUUCUCGAGGCUUCAGGACAUCGGUUUAUGUUAUGGGAGCGUAUGUCUUCUGCUGGUGGAUAUCGGUGCUACUUGUCACCAUCUUCCAAUGCCUUCCUGUUGGCCCGGUGCACACUCUAGAUUCGAAGUGUAUUGAUGUUUUGAAAUUCUUCAGAGUAGCGGCAGUCACCAACGUCAUCAGCGAUGUUAUUAUCAUCUUAAUGCCUAUCCCCGUGGUCUUAAAGCUACAACUCCCAAUUGGGCAGAAGAUUGCUGUGGUUGCAAUUUUCUGCACCAGUUCACUGGUCAUUGUCGCUGGUAUUGGUCGCACAGUGGCAUAUUUCAGUGUCGCGCACAAUCUCGACUUCUCAUACCAUGAUUAUUACACCAUCAUCUGGACCUCGAUCGAGCCUUGCAUGGGUGUGAUAGGUGCAUGCCUACCAUCACUUCGGCCCAUCUUCCUCGGCUUCUCCCCCGAAUCGCUCGUCGGAAGUAUCAGGUCUGUGCUCUCCCUCCGAUCCAUGGGAAGCAGAGACAGUCGUGGACGAAGCAAGAAGGAUUCACAAAGACUACGAGAACCAUCGGAAUCCGUGGAUGGAGCUUCUGGCAAGAGUUUCGAGAAUAUUCACGACAAGUUCCCCAGCGAGGGGCUGUCGCAGGUACAGCACAUGGACCGCGUAGUUGAGCUUGAUGAGAGAGGUCAGGUCAUAGACGUCUAAGGGUGCAGAGUUCUUAUUAGCUUUCGAGUGGUAUAAUGGCUAACGACUCAAUGACUCUUUCGCGCUAUUGGAAGCUGGCCUUGAUAGCAACAAUUGAACAAACCUUUUGAAACAUUACAAUAGACUCUUGUGAGCGCUUCGAUAGGAUCACCAAAAACCGCAUCCCAUAUCUUGAACAUAAAACAAACCACACUCAUCAUUCGAG